CUGGGUAGUACCAUGGAUUGACCUCUGACGCCCUGCACAUAUUCUGGGUAGUACCAUGGAUGGACCUCUGACGCCCUGUACAUAUUCUGGGUAGUACCAUGGAUGGACCUCUGACGCACACCACAAGCAAGCGACAUGGCGGAGAAACCCGAGGUCCUCGAUCCCACAUGGGAGAUAGUCCAGUAUCUACAUCCCAGUCUGGUGAACCUCAACUACCAACUCACCUCAACAAAAUUUGCCGUCGUCACCAGCAGCUUUGUGUUUUUCUACGCUGUCUAUGUGGUGUCCGCUUUAACGGCGUCCUUCACCUCCACGUACAGAUCGCUACGUAUCAAAGAGAAGGUGUUCUGGAAUUUAGCCGUUGUCAGAGCCGUGUUCGGCGUCUUUGGGGCUGUCAUUGGACUCUGGGCUAUCUUCAACAAAUCGGCAAUGGACAACGAUGUUGUCUUUGGAACAACACAGACGAGUUAUUUCGCACUGUGUGUAACGGAAGGAUUUUUCAUUUUUGAAUGCUCUGCGCUUGCUAUAUCAGACAUAAUCUUCAAAUCGUUUAACAUACUGCUCAAUCUCCAUCACUGGUUAUCUUUGACUGGAUAUUGCGUGGUCCUCUGUGUGGACGCUGGUCAUUGUUUCGCCACCAAGGGACUUUUGCUGGAAAUGAGCACCCCGUUCUCAGCACUCUGUUGGACAUUGUUGAAGUGCGGCAAGGAACGCACAUUCCUGUGGAAGGCCAAUCAGUUCCUGCUAGUUCACACCUUCCAUUGCAGGAACAUUGUGGAAUGGCUGUUAAUUUAUAUCACCUACCAGAACUGGCCUCAUAUCUGGUCGAGCAUGCCCCUGUCCGUCUUCUUGUGUCUGUACAUACAGCUACCUAUUGUCACACUCAUCAUGACCCCCUACUGGACGUACAAAAAGACUGAACAGAUGUUCAACCCAGUAGACUGGAAUUUCACGAGAAACAACAAGCACUCCGAGAUGAACAAAGACGCUGAGACGAACGGAACUGUGAAAAAAAAUGACUGAACGUUUUUAACUUAUAUUGACUUUUCCAUGUAUCUCUUUCCGAUAAGAUGGAAACCUAACCAAAUUCACACGUCAUUCAAGUCAUCUUGAUCGUGACCAGCAUGCCACCAAUGUCAUGUGACCAACAUGACAAGAUGGCGGAAUGUAUUAUAUGCUCUAACAUUGUAAUUUAUCUAUCAUAUCCAGCUUAAUCGAAGCACAAA